AUGCUCUUCCAGAAGCUUGCCAUUGUCGCUACCUUGACCGCCAUUGUUGCGGCUCAGGACAUCAGCCAGGACGAUAUUCCCCAGCAGUGCACACAGGUGUGCGCCCAGGUCGUCACCAUCGCACGUGACUGCAACAACCAGCAUGAUAAUGACAACGCCGAACUCCAGUGCAUCUGCAACGUCCCCAACGCCAACACCCUGAUCCCCGCCUGCGAGGCCUGCGUCCAGCAAUACGAUACCGACACUGACGACGACGAUAACGUGAACGACAACAAUGUCCGCGAAGUCCUGACUCGUUGCAACUUCACUAUUCAGAGCUCCUUCAACUCCGCCAGUGCCAGCUCAGUCGCUUCUUCCGCUUCUUCCGCUGCUUCCGCUGUUUCCGCUGCUUCCGCUGCUUCAUCUGCCGCCUCUACUGGUACUACCAGUGUCGUUGUCAGGACCUUCGGUACGAACGUGGUGACUAGUACUGUUGCUCCUACGCAGGUCACGCAGAAUGCUGCGCCUGCUGUGACUGCUGCGGCGGGUAUGGGCAUUGGUGCUCUUGGAAUCGCGCUUGGUAUGCUCUAGAUGCAACCUCCGACAAGCAAUCGAGUUGAGAGAUUAGUGAGACUAUCUUGUAUCGAGGGACAUAAUUGACGGAAGGAUGAUUGGUCACCGAGUAGCAAGUGCAUAGGAUCCAUUCCUUCUGAGUUCGUGUUUUAUGGCGUUGAAUCUGUACAUAGCAGCGAAUACCACAUGACUUACGAACUGAAUUGGAUUUGCACAUAGGGAGCCACACCUUUAGCUGACAUGUUGUAUUGUGUUCGAUUGCAGCACAGUCCAUGCACUUGCAUACCAUGUGCUCUUGCUUCUCUUGAUUAGAUGAUGUUCAAAAGCCCACUUGCCUCAUUCAUCAAACCGUCGAUGUCGUUCCUGAACACAACAACCAGCCCUAGAGCAACAUCGUGUUUCGAUUUGUAAGGCGGUGUAGAAUUUGUUUAUACAAUAAAAUCCAAAGCAGACGGUG